CUCACUCACCCCCACCCCGCGCCGCUGCUACACAAUCCGUCGUCGUUCGUCAUUGCGAGUCGUCGUACUCGCCUCUGUCAUUCAACCCAGCCGUCGUCCUCCCCACACCACACAUACACGCUUCGUGCAUCACACCCACUGGCCGCCUAGCGCACGCCCGCCGAGGACGACGUUGGAUUCAUGCCCGGGCCGUCGGGACACUCGCGGCGCCGUGGGCGGGGCGCGCGCACGACAACACGGGUCGUUACGUCGUCUGGGAGCACCGAGCAGCUCGCCCAGCCACAUGACGCCGACGGGGGCGUGGGCGACGACGAGACCGGCGCGGCGCAGCUGAGCGCUACCGAGCUCUUCCAGAACGCGCAGGACGCAGCUGCCGAGCUCAAGGCGGCGCUCAAGACGUCUCCUCCGUGGUCCCGCGAGGCCGAGAGCCUGCGGCAACGCGCACGCAACGCCUAUCUCGCCGUCCUGUUUCAACAUCCGCAGAGUCCCCACGCGCAGUCGAUUGACCUCCUCUGGCUCAACACCACGUACUCUAUCAUUGGGGCGUAUCGCGAUAUCACGGCGCGAAUCGAGACUGUACUCCCUCCACCAGGCCAGAGGCGCGGCAACGGCGGCCCCAAGCACGGCGCCGACCCCGUGGCAGACCUCCGGCGCACGCUGGCAAGGUUCCGCUCGGCACUCGUUGCAGAGGACAACUUCUACCGCAGCUUGAUUGUUCGCAUCGUCGCAUUCUACCGCGUGCAAGACAGGACCCAGGACCGCCUGGCCUUGGUCGGCCUCCCGAUUCCGGCAACGGCAGGCGAGGACAGCCCAGGCUUGGCCCCGCCGCUCAGCCGCGAGGAGACGGACAAGAAGCUCAGCAUAGUCUACAAGGGCCUCAUCUGUCUCGGCGACCUCGAGCGCUACAAGGAGCAGUACAGCGAGCGUGCUCGCCGCGAGGCACGCGAAGGGCACGAUGCCAGCCGUGGGUCUGACUCGGCCGACAAGUUUAGCAACGCCACAACGUAUUACGAGGUUGCCCGCGGUCUGCAGCCUGAUAACGGAAUUGCAUUCAACCAGCUCGCAGUUAUCGACGGAUAUCUCGGGGACAACUUUCACUGCGCUUACCACUACUUUCGCGCACUGGCUGUCCAGCAGCCGUUCCCUAGCGGCGAGCAAAACCUGGAGCGCGUUUUCAAGAAGGUCUUUGACCGCUGGCGCGCGAACCGCCACACUGACGUGGAGGGCGGCGAUGAAGAAGCGCGCGAGGACAAAGACGCGUUUAAGCGUGAUUUCUUGAUUGCCCUGUCGAUCAUCUUCCUCAAGGCUGGCACCAGUCACCUUGCCGCCUUCAAUGCGACGCUGUUAGAUCAGUUUACUCGCCUCGUGCGCGCUCGGAGGCUGCCUUCCGAAGCAAUUGUCAAGACCACGGCCAUGGUGAUCGGAUCGCAUUGGCACGCGCGUCUGGGUCCAUCGGCGCCAACGCGGGGCGCCGCUCCAGCAGAUGGGGCAAAGCAGGCAGAAAGGCGACAGGCAGUAGAGGAGCUUUCUCUCGGGUUUCUCUUCACCAUGUUCACGGCCCUCACGACGGUCACGGCCGACGAGGUCGAAGAACUGCUGCUAUCUAGAGGCAAGGUCGACGACUCGGCGAUUGCUGAGGACGACGAUCCCACUUCCGACACGGACGCCGAUGGCAUAAUGGCGCUGGCACAGAACAUUACAGCAGUCGUUCGUCGCAUUCUUCCUGCCCUUCGCAUCAUCUCCCGCUGGAUCAAGGCCAACCUCAAAUACAUUGCCCGCGAGUCUUGGGGCCACAACCCAGAUCUGAGCGCCGCCCUCGCGACCUUUUGGCACGACUACAAGCGCCUGAUGAUUGCCCUCGCCCGCUUAUUCCCGCUGGCACAACUACCUGGCCUUGACCAGCCCCUAGAAGAGGACAUCGACAUGAAGGGCUUCCUUCCCCUUCGUCGCGGACGCUCGGUCAACGGUGGCGCAGAGUUCGCGGAUCACUGUGAUGAGUUGGAUAAUGCGCCAAGACAUGAAGUGCACCCGAAUGAGGAGCAACUCAUGCGUAUCGGAGACCUGUUGGUGGACGUCAAGCUGUUGAUGCAGACAGAGGCCGGCGCAGCACUCCUCAAUACGGGCCCUGUCCAGGAGCCUCUGGCCCUCCCCAAUCGUGACAACGACGACAGCAUCUCCGUCUCCGUAUCGACUGAAACGGAAGACGACCCCGUCAAUCUUGCGAUGCGUGCAACUCUGACAGAAGGGAGCAGCAGUGUGGGCGGUGACGACCAUCAAGGUUAUGACGACGAUGAUGAGGUGAUCGUCUGGGGUAGAAGCACGCCGGUGAUCAAUGAGACGUAUCCACAACCUGGACAGACGGCCCACGACAUGUUGCAGAACCUGUCAUUAGGUGGUCAACCUGCCCGAGUGCCACCAAGCAAACCUGCCCCAAUGCUGUUCGGCGGUGACAUUUCCGGAGCGGGCAGCAUCUGGACCAUGAGCCGUGAGGAAUCGCAGAAGGGGGUUUCUCGAACCGCUGCUCCAUCACAUCCUGGCCCGGCUCUGCAAGGGCGUCCAAUCUCUGCCAUUUGGCAGUCAGAUCCGCACUUGCCUCAAACACCGCGACAACAGCAACACUUUAGCCACCAACAGCAGCAACCGCUCCCAGCCCCAACUUGGGGCGCGCCGGCCCCUCCUGGUCUGUCACCACAUCCUCCCUCUGGCUGGCCGCAGGCUCCUCCGGUCGCUCCACAGCGCCCGUACCCGGCUGCCAAUGCCUGGCCGGCAACGGACCCCAGCGGUCCCACUUGGGGCCCGCCUGCCGGUGACUACCAGCCCCGUCAAGGCGCCCCUCAGUGGCAGAUGUACCACCAGUCUUGAGAUUACUUCUUGACACUUGAGGUACCUUACUUCUCCUCCUCUUGAGGCAUUACUUCUGCGGCAAGGGCGCCGGGCCACACUAGCCACAUCCCUCAGCAAACUGGGGCAUCGUCCAGAUUCUCUUUGCAGUAGGCAGCAGCAAACGGCACAGCCAGUGCCAUGGCAUGUAGGCUCCAACCAUAGGGAAUGCAGUCCUUUGUUCAGACGAGCGUGUAGCCAUGUGCAACGUGCAAGAAUGGUGCAUGGUGCGUGAUCUGAUAUGCGACUGAAUAAUGUACUCUUUCACUCCUUGUUCGAGGUAUCAAACACACGCAGCCAGCCGUUCCACUUGGGGUCCCAGGCCGUGGGCGUCUCUGGGCGGACAAUCUCAAAGCCCUCAAUUGCACCGAGCCACCUGAGCUCCUUCUUCCUUCGCUCCUCGCGCAGCGCAUCCUCGGUCACGAUGGGCUUGUCGCUCUUCUUCUCCUCGUCGGUCAGGCCGCGCUCGCCGCGGGCAAACUGGCGGGCCGACUCGAGACGGGGCGCAAGGUCCUUGUAGUAGUCCUUGCGGGCCUGCUCGGUGCGCUCCGGGAGGCCUUCGUACCGGUUCUUGUAGUACGACUCGGCCUUGGUGUCAAAGUCGGUGUCGGGGUGGGCGGCGCCCUCCUCGGGGCCGACAAACGGCCGGAUCUCGUUCGUGAGCAGAGCGUAGGCGGCCUCGGCGCCGGCCUGAACGCGCUUGCGCUCAGUGAACCAGUCGUAGAUCAUGAACGGGAUCUGCUUGAAGCCGAGGUGGUUGUGGAACGGAACGAGGAGGAUGGGCGGCUGCGGCGGCAGCUGGGCAGGCGCGGCGUGCCACGAGUCGGGGAUGGCGACUGGUGCCGGCGCCGCGGCGGCAGGCGCUGCCGGAGUAGGGGGAGGGCGGGAGAGGAACGACAGGUUGGUGUAGUUUGGCGUUGCGGGCGCGGCGGGGUCUGCCGCCGUUGUCGACUCGGGCUCGACAGGUGCCUCUGGCGCGGCAGUCACCGGCUCAUCGAACACGCCGUCGUCCUUGAUGGCGCGGUCAAUCUCCUUCUCCCACACCCACUCGUUGACGCCGUUGUUGUACGCGAGGUGCAGGCCGGCGAGGUACUCCUUGAGCGAGGGGCGGCCGAUGAGGAUGGUGCCGCCCUCGAGCUCGCGCUGGCGGACGGCCUCGGGCGAGAGCACGCCGGGGAGGGAGAGGGCCUCGUCGGGCGCCUCGAGGCCGAGCGUCACACGCCGGUCGCGCACCGUCUUGGCGCGGACAAUACGCGCAAUCGAGCCGUACAGCGGCGCAUGCACCUGCUCGUAGUCGACCGCCGCGGCGACGAGGUACGGCUUGACGUAUUUACGGAAGUACCGCAGCGAGCGGUCAGUGUCGUCGUCCUCGGGGAAGCGGGCGCCGUACACCUUGACCUUGCGCGGGAUGUCGAGGCUGCCGGUCAUGGGCUGCUGGGCAAGGUAUGACACCUUGUCAAUGUACUCUUGCCUGAUCUGCUUGGCCUUCUUCCUGUCGUCGUAGUACAGGUACGAGAGCGUGCCGACGACGGUGAAAAAGAUGGUCCAGUUACGGCCGGGGAGCUUGGGCUUCCACAACAGCACCGAGCGGGGGAUACCAGUGUGCUCCAGCGCCGCGCGGAAGCCGUGCAGAGGCUGCGCCGGCGCCUUGGGAGGGAGACCGGCAGUGCUGUUGGCGUGCGCACCAGUGCCGGCACUGGGCCCCUUGCUCGUGGUCGCAGAGGCGGCGGCGCCGGCUGCUUCAGGCGCCCCAGCGGCAGCCGCAGCUGGGGUCGAGGCCGCUGGCGUGCCAGAUGCCGGUGGCGACGCACUUGGCGGUGCGGACGGCGGUUGUGGGUCCGACAUGGUGGA